AUGAGGACGUGUUACUACGAGCUCCUCGGCGUCGACCGCGAUGCGACGUCUGCAGAGCUCACAAAGGCCUACCGCAAGGCUGCCCUAAGGUGGCAUCCGGAUAGGAAUUAUGGCAAUGUCGAGGAAGCUACGGAGCGGUUCGCGGAGAUUCAGGUUGCGUACGAUGUGCUGAGUGAUGAUCAGGAGCGUGCGUGGUACGAUUCUCACCGUGAUGCUAUCCUCCGAGGGCAGGAUGUGGGAUCUGGAGACUAUGAUUACGAGAUUGCCGGCACGACUGUACCUGAUCUCAUGAAGUUCUUUGACCCCUCUGUAUACGCCAAGAUGGACGAUUCGCCCUACGGCUUUUAUACCCGGAUCAGAACUUUAUUCGACACACUCGAUCGCGAGGAGGAAGCAGCAGCGCGGAACGAAGGCCGCGAUUAUACCAACCGACCCUCAUUCGGAGACUCGAAUACGUCAUUCGACCCACAGGUAAAGGACUUUUACUCAGCAUGGGGUGGGUUCGUAACAGAGAAGAGCUUCUCAUGGUGUGAUCAAUACCGCUACGCCGACGCCGCGGACCGUCGUGUUCGCCGAGCAAUGGAGAAAGAAAACAAGAAAGCAAGAGAUACAGCUCGUAAAGAAUACAACGACACCGUCCGUCAGCUCAUCCUCUUCAUUCGCAAACGUGAUCCGCGAUACAAGAAAGCGACCCAAAUGUCCGAAAAGGCACGCCAAGCCGCCCUCCUCGCCGCAUCGAAAGCGCAGGCCGCAAAAGAUCGUGAAGCCUUCAGAGCAAAGUUGGGGACAUACCAUGAGCCAGAAUGGAUGAAAUCAUCCAAAGACGACGCCAUCGCCCAAGCUGAGCUGGAAGCUGAGUUUUACGGAGACGAAGAGGUGUAUGAAUACGAAUGUGUUGCCUGCAACAAGAGCUUCAAGAGCGAGAAUCAGUUUGAGGCGCAUGAGAAGAGUAAGAAGCAUGUGAAGGCUAUACAGGCGUUGAAGAGACGGAUGCAGAAGGAAGCGGAGGCGUUUGGCUUUGAGGAGACUGAGGAUUUUGAGGUCAUGGAUCAUCCGGGUCCAGGGAAUGACAGUGAAGAGGAUGUUGAGGAGGAGGAAGAUGAACAAGAAGAGGCAUCUGUGGCUGAAGAAGCUGCCCAAGAGGUUGAGACUCCAGAAUCACAACCAUCAGAGGAGGAGGACGAACCGGAAGAACCCGCGAAGCCAGAGCCUGAAGCGGCAGAACCACUACGGACGUCACUCGACAGCAUCGCAACCUCAGCAGACGAAGACUACGACAUCUCAUCCCCCACCGCCGCCGAUGAUGACGACGACGACGACGACACCCCAACAGCAGCAAAGAAAGGCGCAAAAGCCAAACGCGCGGCGCGUAAAGUAAAACAAGAAGCAAAAGAGAAGGAGGCGACGGAGAACGAGUUAGUUUGUGUACGAUGUGAGGAGGAAUUCGAUAGUCGGAAUCAGUUGUUUGAGCAUAUCAAAAGGACGGGUCAUGCAGCGCCGCAGUAUAUGACGGGCUCUGGGCCGGGGGCAGGGGGCGGGAAGGGCAAGAAGGGGAAGAGAAGAUAG